AUAAAAAUGUUCCUCUCUAAUCUUUUCUCUUCUAUUCCUCCAUCACUAUAAUCAAUUUCUCUCAUUUCUCCUCCCACCGGCCACAUCUUAUUCCCCCCUUAUUUCCUCCCCAGUGAUGCUCUAAGGGCUCUGAUAGCCAUCCCAUUCUUCAAUUGGGAAAUUCCUCGAGCCAACAUCGCAUGUGCUAUCUCCGUCGGAAUCCAGACAAAUCUCCCGUCAACACGCUAUUUAUCCGCAGGUAUGGCAUCAAGACCCUUUUGAGCAAAAUUUGCUUCCUUUUAGGAGUUCAGUAUGUGCAGAAGUGUAUGCUCGUGAUGGGGCUGCUAAUCUAAGUGAAAGUGGGGUAUAUUACUUGGAUGAAAGAAAUGAAGAGAUAUUAUCGAAAAGGAUCUUGAAACUUAGCCGAUCAAACAAGGUUAGGGCUGCACUAUCACUUUAUAAGUCAAUGAUGUUUACAGGUCUCAAGCCUAGUUUACAUGCCUGCAAUUCCCUUCUUUCCUGCAUCUUGAGGAAUGGAAUGCUUGAUGAUGCUUUGGAGGUCUUUGAAUUCUUGAAGGAAGGUAAGAUGGCCACUCCUCACACGUACAGUUUAAUUCUUAAGGCAAUUGCUGAAGAUAGGGGGAGUGAUGCUGCGUUAAAAAUGUUUGAAGAAUUAUGCAAAAAUGAUUGUGCUAGUAACACAUUUGAUGUCAUUGUCUAUAACACAAUGAUAUCAGCCUUUGGAAAACUAAACAAUUGGGCUCAGGCUGAGAAAUUUUGGAGAAUUUUGCAAAACAAAAGCCUUAUAGGGACAACAGUCACGUAUAGCAUACUAAUAUGCUUAUUUGUCCGUUGUGGUAAGUAUGAGCUAGCUCUCAAUGCGUAUAGUGAGAUGGUUCAGAACGGGUUAACACCGGGAGAUGAUGUGUUGCAAGCAAUGAUUGGAGCAUGUAUGAAGGAGGGGGAUUUCGAUAUGGCAUUUUCUGUCUUUCAAAGUAUGUUGAAUGGUGGCCUGAAACCAAACGCAAAAUCAUGCAAUGCAGUGAUUAACUCACUCGGUAAAGCUGGGAAACCUAAGCUUGCAUUCAAGGUUUUUGGUCUCAUGAAGUCACUGGGUCAUGUGCCAGAUGCAUACACAUGGAACUCACUUCUUUGUGCUCUUAAUCAGGCAUGUCGUCAUCGUGAUGCACUUCAAUGUUUUGAGAAGAUCAGGAAACAGGAACCCCACAUCCUAAACUUUCAAAUGUACAAUACAAUUAUGAUCUCUUGCCAGAGACUUGGAUUAUGGGAGAAAGCAGUCCAACUACUAUGGGAGAUGGAGGCUUCUGGUGGUUCGGUUUCUACGUCCUCAUAUAAUCUUGUCAUUGGUGCUUGUGAGGCUGCCAGAAAGCCAAAGGCUGCCCUGCAAGUUUACAAUCACAUGGUUCACCAAAACUGUUCUCCUGAUCUUUUCACUCUGCUGUCUGUGAUGAGAAGCUGCAUUUGGGCUUCCCUUUGGAAUGAAGUUGAUAAGAUACUAAAUUCUUCUGCACCAAAUGGAUCUCUGUACAAUGCUGCAAUUCAGGGGAUGUGUCUGGCGGGCAGGAUUGAUCUUGCUACAAAGGUUUACACAAAAAUGCGUCAUAGUGGUAUAAAAGCUAAUUGUAAAACAAGGGCUCUAAUGCUGCAGAACUUACCAAAAGAUCUCAGGAGAUAACAGGUACUGAACACAAAAACGGACCUCCGGGAAUUAAACUAGGGGUACAAGGUCAAUCCAAACAGCCCAAAAGCCAUCCAGGCGGAAAUAAGGAAAGUUAUCGGGGUGUAAAUGAACUAGGAAACACAACGGACCUCCGGGAAUCAAUCCAGUGGUACAAGGUCCAAUCCAAACAGCCCUAAAGCCAUUCAGGCUGAAAUACAGAAACUCAUCGGGGUGUAAAUGAAAACCGGUGCUAGUUCACCCCCAAACCGGCACUCGUAUAAGGCAGAAAGCCCGUAGCAUCACAAGAGUCGGAAGUCCAGUUCCAGCACAUCACAAAACAGGCGCUGGUGGCGGUUAUGGUGGUGCAUGCAAUGUAAGCGUUUUCUAUAUACGUCAACUCGUCAAGUUAGGCCUUCCUUCCACAAUAACCAAAGUAAGGUUGAAGUCUCUUGAUGAUAAUGAGAAGCAUCACUGGGAGCCAAUGACAAAUGCCAGGGCAGAUUUGUGAUCAAAUUUGAGAGGUUUGGCGAUGUCUUCUGUUUUCACUAUCUGUCGUGAAACUUAUGUGGUCCUUGUUAAUUGCAAUCCAGUUAUUACCCCAUUACCCUGGUAUGGCGAAUUUAUAAUACUUUCACCUUCCUGAUGCAGAAAACCAACAAUGAGCAAUAUAGAUAGAUCUCUUGCAACUUACUGUCAGUAGUGCAGCUUCAAUGUACUUUAGUCACUACUAAGGUUAUUUGGUGGUAUGGAUGCUCUGAUAGUAUAAUUGUACUAAUAUCACAUACUAUAAAUAAAAAACUCCAUGAUAAAGGUUGGAAAUUGGAACCAAGAGGUCAUUUUAAGGGUUUUAAUAUUCUUUUACCAGGGAAGUGGAAACAUAUCUUUUUGAACACCAUAAAUAGGUUAAAAAGUC